GCGUCUGUAGUUUCCGAAUCACUCCCACGUAUAUUGUCUAUUUACGUUUGUAGCUUACAUUAUGUGCGCACUAUAGUAGUGAUCGUGGGUCAAGCCUCAUAUUAAGGGCAUCCAGAUAUGGAGUUCUUCCCGCUUGGCAAUGCGGAGCUUGGAAUACGGACUUUCCUGACGUCUGUCCAUGCGAAUGAUCAAUGUGGCAGUGAUGGCUUACCGCUCACCCCGAAUUCAAUCAAAGUUUUCGGCCGUUUUCAACAACUAAAGGACAUCACACAUCCUAACCUGUGCAGAUACGUGGACAUUGCACGUGGAAAACAUGAGAGGUUGAUAGUUGUACAGGAACACUACAAGACAAGCUUGGCAACAGAAGCAAACAGUGGAAUAUACUCAUGUAUAUCCACUGUGAUACGGCUUGCAUAUCAGAUACUGCAAGGAAUCGACCAUUUAAACCGACAAGGGCUUGUACACAGGUGUUUAUCUCCCAAAGCUAUUCUGAUUGACGGCGUAGGGUGUGCAAAGCUUACAAACUUUGGUCUCUACACGAUGACAGACUAUGGGACAAGUGUCGACUUUCCCAUUGGGUCUCCAAGCUACCUAGCACCAGAAGUGUUAGCCAGUGGUCGGCUGCCCGCCACUUUACAACUUUUGUCUAGCCCAAAGACAGAUGUGUGGUCGCUAGGAGUAAUAUUACUAGAGCUUCUCCUGGGAAUUGAGUUGUGGAGUAAGCUCAACAUGGCAUCCAUGCUGAAGCAAGUAAUUUGUCUCCUGCAGUCUCACGAGCCAGUACAAGAUAUUGCCCACAGUCAUGGUGUGCUCGAAAAACUAAAGAAUGUGCCAUCAUCAUUGCUUGAUCUUCUUACUAAGUGUUUGACAGUGAAAGCAAACAGUCGGCCAUACCCAUCUGAUUUACUACAACAUCCUGUAUUUGCAGAAGAGCAGCUGGCAAAGGUUCCGAGCAUCAAUGGCCUGCACUUGUUCACAGGGAAGUUGAGAUGCAGAAAGCUGGAGCUGCCACCAGUCAAUGACCUGUUAGCAGAGGGCGAGGAAGCAGAAGACAUGCCGACAGACUACCUGGCCGAACGGGGCAUGGACGAGGUGUACUACCUGUGGAGCCUUGCCGGCGGAGACCUGGAGAACGAGUUAAGCAAGCGUGGCAUGAUCAAAAAGAAGCCGCCCAUUUUCAUGCAGCCAAAUGUGGUACUACAGAAUGGGGAGCCAUUCGGUCAGGAGGCCCAUCGUUCCAAUACCCUAGAUGAAACUGUUGUCUGCUUGUCACUGGAUACUCUGAAGGAUCGACUAAAGGAAGUGCACCCAUCGAUUUACUUUCCACUCCUCGAAGAACUAAAACCAGUUCUUCCUAUGUCGCCAAGCAUGAGUGAUCUAUCUGCAACAGCCACCUUGCCGCUGAUCAUUCGAGAGAAAGACAUCGAAUAUCAGUUGCACAGGGUGGUCCUGUUUAAGCGUCUGCUAGAGGGAUACCCGUACAAGCGCUCGCAGAUCUGGAGAGAAGCUAGGGUCGACAUUCCACCGCUCGUGAGGCCGUACGUCUGGGCAACCCUGCUUGAUAUUGAGGGUGAUGUGCGCGCGUGCUACGACGCCAUCGACAAGCGAACGGCAACGGCGACCGACCGGCAGAUCGAGGUCGACAUUCCGCGCUGCCACCAGUACAACGAGCUGCUGUCGUCGCCGGAGAGCCACGGCAAGUUCAAGCGCGUGCUGAAGGCGUGGGUGAUCAGCCACCCGCAGUACGUCUACUGGCAGGGCCUCGACUCCCUCUGCGCCUCCUUCAUCUACUUAAACUUCAACGACGAAGCUCUGGCAUAUGCGUGCAUGACAAAUUUCAUCAAUAAAUACUUGCACAAGUUUUUCAUGAAGGAUAAUGCAGCUGUGAUUCAAGAAUACCUGGCAGUGUUUUCACACAUGAUAGCAUUCCACGAUCCAGAUGUGUCCAACCAUCUGGACACUAUAGGUUUCAUCCCAGAACUCUACGCUAUUCCCUGGUUUCUUACCAUGUACGCACAUGUGUUCCCCCUGCACAAGAUAUUUCAUUUAUGGGACACACUGUUGCUAGGCGACUCAUCGCUACCAUUGUUUAUCGGGGUAGCCAUCUUGAAACAGUUGCGCACCAACUUGCUUUCUUUUGGGUUCAAUGAAUGCAUAUUGGUUUUCUCUGACUUGCCAGAAAUAGACAUGGAGAAAUGCGUUCAAGCCUCUAUACAUUUUUUCCGGAGCACACCAAAGAGCGCCACCUUUAGGCAACAUGCAAGGCCAAAGACGAAGGGUGAAAAAUCAGGAGAAGGCAGAGCUUUAUACACGAAGGAUGCGCUGCCGCUCGCAGACUCUGAAGGAGAGAGGUGCGCGCCAGUGUCGGCGCGGGAUCUCUUCGAGCCCUGGUGCGGCUCGCGUCCUCCUCGUCCGCCGCCGGCCGACCCGCCACCCGCGCGCAGCACCAUACAGCAUCCAGCGCGGCCAGGUGCGCUCCCAGUGCUUGUCAUCGACGUGAGACUCAGCGAGGACUACUUACGCGGGACGGUUCCCGGAGCGGUGAACAUCCCCUUUGCCUCGGCCUUCUCACCAGAUGGCGGCCUCGUGUCGUCGUCUGCCGUGUCUCAGCUGUACGCGCAUCGCGGGAGACUCGUCGUCGUCGUCGGCAACAGAGGCAACCACGCUGCACAGUUUGCAGGUGAGCUUGUCGCCAUUGGAUUCUCCAAGGUCUGUGUGCUGCACAACGGACUGGAUGCCCUCAAGUCAACGGGGUUGAUGUCUGUCCCACGACCUGAGAUCUAGUGUCAGUCGCGGGGGCGGACACUGCUGCUAUCUUCAAAACCAUGACAGCCUCAAUGAGGAAUGUAUAAUAUAGAGACUCUAUAUAUUAUGGCUCUCUUUAUUAUUCACUCCAGAUAUCAUGCGUAGCCGUGGAAAAAAUCCAUUUGGCAAUGUGUGCUCGUCGUUAAAAAACACUUGUCUGUGUGGUUACACCUGCAUUUGGGAGUUAAAAUGGUUGCAUUCCUAUUGUGAUUGAUUGAUUGAUUGAUUGAUUGAUUGAUUGAUUGAAUUGUGAUUGAUUGUCAAGCUUGCCGAGUGCUGUCGUGCUUUGCAGAGGUAAUACCUGCCAUGUUUUCUUGUCUGUAUAUACGGUGAGGCUACUUUUUGCGUUCGUUAUCUCUAUGAGCAUGAUGUAUAGUUAUUAUCAGGUGGAUAUAGCUCUGAGUGUACAGUAAUAUGAAUUAACUGUAAUGAAUUGCCUAUAUUUUGUUCUGAGCGGGGGCGUCGUGUUAUGAAGCGUCACGGACCUUCUGUAUAUAGUACGUGUUUUGUGCAUUUUAGAUAGUACCACCAGAGCAUAUAUAAAUCACGUUGAUUGAUAUGCUCUGGUACCAGGGUACAUUCCGGUAUACCGGACCGUACCCAGGGUACGUUCCGGCAGUACCCUGGGGGACAUAGACCCUCUCAGCGCAAGCAUCGUGUAAUACCAACCAUGUCCGGAGGCACAGCCUAAGUAAACGGUGUGCUUAUAUGUUACUACUUGUAAGUUGAAAACGAAAAAGUUGAAGGGAAUCUUUCGAUACUCAUGGAUUAUGCCGUUAUCAGAUAUAAUUUUAUAUUAUGGUUUUGUUGGAACAAAUUGCCAUCUUGAUACGAGAUCCUACUGCGUGCCCAAGCAGUACCAGUUGUAUUGCCUAAAGGUUAUCGAUAAGCAUGUGCUCUAUGCCAGUGUUCUUGGAAUUGACAAGGAGAGUUAGAUAUGUCACGCUCUCUGUUUUUUUACUGUAGCAUUUGGUAGAUACAUAGAACAUAUCUAAAGGAGUGUCUGAAAAUUAAUAAUAAAUUCUUUCUUUAUAAAUAAAAUAAUAAUAUACACUGUCGAGAGCCACUAAGUCAAAGAGCAACAUGAAUAUUUCUCUGGCAACAUCAGAAAUAAUUAGUAUAUUUAUAAUAAUCAUAGAAAUCAUGAGUGCAUUUAUAGUUUUUAUUGCCAUUGCUUUUGAUUUCGAGAUAUUGCUUCAACUAAACAGUGUUGUAUGAUAGUAAAUAUAAUCAGGAGUAGAUAA